AUGGCCUCACAUUCAUUUCGGGCUUCUUUGGGUCGAAUGGAUAAUGUUCAAUGUCCAAGUGAUUCCAUGAGGGGAUACUUGGUGGAUUUAGAGACAUUGCAUGCCAUGACAUUUCCAAAAGCUGAUGUGGCAGGGUUGGACAAAGUUAACCAAACAAGAUUCGAUUUUGGAUUCAGUAACAAAAGGCUUUUGUUUGCAGCAAAUUGGACCAUGGAACAGGCUACUGAAAGUGACCUUAAGUUGUAUCUUCUAUGGUUCGGGUGGUUAGGUGAUCAUUUAAACAGACAUUGUUCAUUCUUUUCUUCUUUCCUGAAACUUCUGGAAAAAGAAUUGGAUCAUUCUAUUUGGACCUGCAUUAGAACAUCUCAUGGAGCACAAUCAUCACCAAUGCUUUCACUGGAUUUUGGAAAAUCAACUCCAUCAGAAUCAGAGUCUAAUAGCCGAAAUCUUACUAAUGCGGUGAAGUGUGUUGGGUUGUUUGAGGAAAGAAUUCUUGAUAUGCUUGUUGGGUCUCCUUUCUUUGAUGUGGUUUUUGUACUUUAUAAAGAGCUCAUUAAUGAUCACUUAUCUGCUUGGAAUGGGUUAGUUUCGUCUCAGUAUGACUGCAUGUUAAUUUCAUGGAGGUCUUUGGUGAAAGAUGCUAAAAAGCUGAAGGAGUUUUGUGCAAAUGAAGUGGAAAAUUUUCUGGAUGAAAUGAAGAACUUGGAAAGAGUUCUUUCUUGGUCUUUGAGUUCACAGAGGUCAUUGCUGUGGGCAUAUGGUGGUCAUCCGUCUUCACCUUCUUCUGUUGAGAUAUAUAGAAAGCAACAACAGCUUGUCAAUCUUUGUCAUUCAAUUUGGACAAAAAACAUCAACUUGCAGGAAUCAGCCCAUAAAGGCUAUAUUGAGGCUGCUGUUGCUACCAAUCCUGAACUACGCUUUCUUGCCAUGCAAGGUGUUUGCAUGUCUGCAUUUAUCAUGAGCAAAGUAGAUGAAGACGACCAUGAUGUUUUAAAUCAGUUGGAGGAGAUGUAUCAGGUUCUUUCGAGUAAGUUCCAUUACGAAAAGGACAAGUUGGAAAGGAAUGCUGGGACUAAUGACAUAGCUUCUCUUUUUGGUGCUCUAUCUAGUUGUUGCACAAUGAACCCUGACAUGUUAUGCCUACCUUCUGGCUUCAACUGUUGGCUUGAUACUCUGCCUUUAAAUGAUAACAAUAGUUUUGGUCUUGAUAUGAGGCUUCUUCAAGAGCUUUCCAAUAUCAUCACUCUUGAUGGGAAGGAACUGGAAUCCGGUUUGUCUCGUUUACGCUGGCUUCUAGAAUCUACCUUGAAGUUUUCACUAAACUCUUCUUCAAGGCCUCCAACCGAUUUCUCUCCUUAUCAAAAAAUCUCAUGGGUUCUUGAAGCUUGGACCUCUGUCAAUAAUGCACAUGCAAGCAUUUCUAGUACUGUUCUUGAAAUGUGGUUUAAUUGGCACACAUCUUUGUGGAAGCAUCACUCGAAUCAUGAGAAGAAAAAUUCAAGCCAACAUGGCAAUGCAGAUUUGGUACCUGAUAUGCUUUUUCAGCCUGUGGCAACACUGGCUCUAGACAAGAUUCUGGGGAAUCCAAUUGGCAUCAAGGAUCUUAAUGCACAUAGCUUGAAACUUGGAGUGGCUUCCUGUAAUCUUUGGCUAAGUUCUCCACAUGUUGCUGAUUCCCGUAGUUUCUUUCUGUCAUCUGCUAGAUCUCUCUUUCAGCAGAUAAUACUUGCCCACGAGAAGUCCUUUGAAGCUGAUAAAUAUUCCUUGAUCAAAUCUAUAUUCUUUUCAGCUCAGCAAACGGAUGUGCGUGUGAUUAUAUCUCUUCUAGAAUCAUCAAACCACCAUGUUUUGAAGUCCUUAAUAAGUCCAUUUAUCAAGCCAUUGCUUCAUGCGCUAUAUGUCAAGAAUUCUACAGAUUCCUUGUUUGAUCUUGGGUGUGCUUGGCUACGUAUUGGGGGUUUACGUUAUCAUCUUCUACUAUGCUGUGAUGAUGUGGAUCCAGCUGUCAAGAAAAAUUUGAAAUAUUUUCAACUGACAGAGAGGAUUGCAUCACUUGAACUUGAUAUAGAAGUGCGUAAGGAGUGUGUCCAGCUGGCAGGAUGUUUCUCUUUGAGCGAGGCUGACAAGGAAAGAACAGAAUUACUAAACGAUCUAAAAGCUGAAAGAAACAGACUCCAAAAACAGGUUGUGUUUCGAUCUGAUCCUAGGAAAUUUAAGAAGCUGAGAUCCGAAUGUGAUGAAUUUAUGAAAUUGGUCGCAACACCAUUUGAUCUUUUAAAGAACAUUGGGAAUUUGAGUAUGCAACGGGUUGCUGACCAAGUGCAUAAUUGGCAGGAAACUGCAACACGUUUUGUGGAUCGAUUAUCCAAUGAAUACUCGGACCUAAGUGAUCAGUUUUUGGAUAGAGUUGGCCAGAAAGAUAUUGAUGUUGUUUUGGGGGCAAUUUAUUCGUUUAUGAGGUUCCCUAGGGGCAUAUCUGGAAAAGUUGAUUCUUGUGUAGACGACAGUUUCCAUGCCAAGCUUUCAUCCUUUGAUAAAGCCUUCCCUACUUACAUUGGGGAAGCUGACAUGGCCAUGGUGGAAACCUUGGUUACUUCUGCUAAAGACAAUAAUAGUGAUGAAGUGGCAUCUGCUUUGAAACUAAAAGCUUCAAUUCAUCAAAAUAUUCUUCAUCGCGUGUUGCAUUAUGUUGCCCAAGCCCAUUUUCUUGAUGAUGUAUCUUUUAAGCUCAUGGAUAGGAUGUUUGAUGAAUUUGCAAAUCUCUGGAUGAAAAUGAAGAUUCAAGUUAGAACCAAAGAAGAGCUUGAUUCAAAACAGUACAUAUUUAGACCUCGUGCUUUUGACAUUAAAAAUGUCAUUGAAAUGGACGUAUCUACCCUCGAAAGUUCGAUUGCCAAUGAAGCUUUCUCAGAGUGGCAGGAGUUGGCUUCAGAAGAAGCAUCUGUUGAAAGUGAAAAGAAAAAUACUGAAGAAGAGGAUGAAAUGUUAGAGAAAGAUUGGAGUCUACUGCUGGAAUCCGCAUUGAAUGACAUGAUCAAUGUCUAUACUACAGUAUUUGGCUCGACAGAUCUCCUUCAACCUGCUGGAUUUGUUCAAGUAGCUGAUUCUGAUAGGCUAGGUUCUUUCUCGGACUCUUAUGCCAUGGGUACAAGAGUAAUUAAAGAUAUGGAGGGCUUAUUAUGUUGGAAUUUGGACUCCAAGCUUAUUCCAGAACAUGUACUACGCCUUUCCUUGGAGCAUGAUCGGAAAUCAAUGUCAUCUCAUCUACCGAAAAAUUCUUACAAUUUCUACAAGGAUUCAAAUGCUUCCAUGUUGGCCAAGAUGGUGGAUCCAGUUAUGAAUCUUCAAAAUCGGAUUCGUCAUCUUCUAAGCGAAUGGGAUGAUCAUCCUGCUCUUCAGAAAAUUGUGGAUGUGAUUGAUAUGAUCUUGUCUAUACCUAUGAACACCCCUCUUGCUAAGGCUUUGUCAGCCUUGCAGUUCUUACUUAACAGGGUCCGGAACCUUCAAGAAACUGUUUCAAAGUUUCCCCUUUCUGAUCAGUUGGAUCCGAUUAUUGGUCUUGUGUCCUCAUGGCAAAAAUUGGAGUUUGAAUCAUGGCCUGCUUUACUUGAUGAAGUUCAAGCUGGAUUUGAUACUAAUGCUGCCCAGUUAUGGUUUCCACUGUACUCGGUUCUUAGGCAAAGUCAGUCUACAGAUACUGAUGACUAUAGUCAAUCCACCAUUGCGAGCUUGGACGAUUUUAUUCGGACUUCCAGCAUUGGUGAAUUCAGAAAGCGUCUUCAACUUGUCUCUGCUUUCCAUGGCCACAUCAGCACUGGCAUUAGUCAGGGAUCAAAUUUAAGUCGUGGCCAUGAGGACAAUGUGAGGAUUUUGUACAAUACAUUCGGAUUCCACAUUCAGUUUCUGCCUAUUAUUCUGGAGAGGUUAGCAGAUAACAGAAAGAGCAUUCAGGUGGAGUUGAGUGAACUCAUGAAGCUGUGUAAAUGGGAACGUAAUGAGUGGUUUAUGACAAUGGAAACAUCAAAACGGACACGUGAGAAAUUUAAGAAGUUGAUUCAGAAGUAUACUGAUGUUCUAAAGCAACCUGUGGUGCUUAUACUUACACAAGAAGCUGCUCGAAGUGGAAUAAAAACAAUAGCAGUUCAUACUUCUGCUUCAUUUAGCGAUUCUUUUGAGAAAUACAAGCAAGUUCUUGAUGUUUCUUGCAAUGAAACUCAGUUUAAAAACAAAAAGAGGUUCAUAUGGCCUUCCACUUGGAGAAAUAAAGUGGAUCUUGCAUUGGGAGAUAUACGUUUUGCAAAGUGUAUUAUAAACUCUGACUACCCAUGUGUCCCAUUGGAGGAAGCUCAAGGCAAUAUAGAUAUUGUGAGCAAGUUGAUAGGUUUAGAAUCAUUGAGUGGUGUUACUAAGGAAGAGUGGAGACAAGUGAGGCACACAUUUAAAAAGAUCAGCACAAAUCUUGUUUAUUGUGGAGAACUUUGGAAGGAUGAAAAAAAGAAGAGUUUAGGAAAGAGAAGGGCUCUCUCUGAACUACUAAAGAUGUUGGAUAGUUUUGGGUUGUCUAAGCAUAGAUCUACAUCCAUGGAGGAUAAAGCAUGGUCUCUCCAACCAUCAUAUGUGAUUGAGCAUUUGCUACUUAAUGAAAGUAGAUUACCCUCUGAGGACCUUGAUGUCAAAGCUUUAGAGAAGGUCCAAAAGCUUCCCAUGGAUAAUAAUAAUCUAGAAACGGACUGGAAAACACCAAAUGAAUACUUCUUCAAAAGCAUAUCUUCCCUAAACCAUCUUCGACAAGUCAGCGUAAACUUUCACAAAGAUUUUACAACUGAACAGGUUGGUAGGUCUAUUUCUUACCUUGAUCAUCUUGUUGAGAUACAAAAAUCUCAUAGAGCUGCAGCCUAUGACUUCUACAAUGGCUUGGAUCGCUUAAAGAAGCAAAGUGUUCCACUACAGAAUCUUUCCUCAAGCUCAUUUUCUCACAAUCAGGACAUCAUUUCCAAAUGCAUGUGGCGACAAAAGCAACUGUUUGAUGCUAUGUGUGAUACGUUAAACGAUGAAUGCUUGUUGCUAAAGACUGUUGAAAACAACCAUCUAAACAAUUGCUCAAAUGUUAGAGUGGGUGCUGGGCAAAUUCGUCUUUUCCUAGAGAAAUUUGUUCCUGAGUUCAAGAAAUCGAAGGAAUUGUUGGAUGGUUAUCUUUUUGGUGAUUGUGGUGGUGUAUUAAGCACUGAAGUUGUACUUCAUCCUCAUGGCAUCACCAAGCAAAUGGAACAGUUUGUCCAACAAAACCUUUUGUUAGUUAAGGAUUUUAAGGAGCAAUUAAACGCUAUUCGUAAGCAGGAUGUGACUUCAGGAUUAGCUAAAGAUGUUCUUCUUGACCAUUUUGAGGAGAUCUUCGCCAAGGGUAACCUGUUAGAUGAAUACUAUAAUUCUGCUAUGGAAGCAAGGGUUCACAUUCAAGAUGUCGAUGAUGUUUCGAAAGCUGAAACUGAGUUCACCGAGUCCCUUAGGAAAACAUGCAAACAUAUUGUUGAUGGUUUUGAUCGAGUCAACUCGGUGAAUAACAAUCUUGAUUCUACGGAAGAUUACUUGGGAAAUAUCAAUACAUGGCAAACUUUGUUUGCUUCUAGAGUAGAGAAUCUCCAGUUGAACUGCAUACAUGAUGAAUUAGUGAAAACACUCGAGUUUGCUGGACAACUUGUGGACCUCUAUGGGAAUGGAGAGACGAAUGUAUGUAUUGUUGAGGCACAACUGAAGCAUCUAUAUUCACUAUUGGACCUAAUGAUAACCUUUGGCAAUGGUCUUCUUAAGGACUUUAUGGUGGCUAACAGAACUUUGUCUAUGGUUACUCAUGCUCUUGCGGAGAUUUUUGCUUCAUUAUACUCCCAAGGUUUUGGAGGCCCCACAGAAACCCAAGAGGAAGAAAAUGGUGGUGAUGAUACAAAAGAUACUACUGGAACUGGUAUGGGUGAGGGUGCUGGGAUUAAAGAUGUCAGUGAACAGAUAGAAGAUGAAGAUCAACUACUUGGAACUGAAAAGGGUGAAGAACUAGAUGCCUCGAAUGAUGAUCCAAGUAAAAAUGAUAAAGGCAUAGAAAUGGAACAGGAUUUCACAGCUGACACAUUCAGUGUUAGUGAGGAUUCAAGUGAUGAUGAGAACGAUGAUGAAAACGAAGAGCCACAGCUGGAUUCUGCCAUGGGAGAGACUGGAGAUGACAGUGAAGUUGUUGAUGAGAAGCUUCGUGAUAAUAAAGAUGAUGAAGAUGUCGAAAAUGAAAAGAAGAAUGAGAAAUAUGAAACUGGACCUUCUGUUAAGGACAAUGAUGAGAGUGGAAGAGAGCUUAGAGCUAAGGAAGAUGAGGAUGAUGAUGUCAACAAUGGUGAUGAUGAGCCUGGAGAAUUAGAUCCUGAUGAAUCCAACAAAAAGAAGGAUGAAAAUGACGAUAACGUCCCUGAUGAUACUGAUGAGGUUGAAGAUAUGAAUAUAGAUAAAGACGAAGCAUUUUCUGAACCUACAGGUCUAAAACCAGAUGAAACUAAUGUCAAUUCUGAUGAAGAUAUUGACAUGGAUCAACAAGAGAGAGAUGAUGAUCAGAAUGAAGAUGGUGAAACGGAAACAGUUGAUGAGUCAGAUGAGAUCAACAAUGGUGAAGAUGAAAACACAAAUUCAGUUGAAGAAAAUGCUGACAUGGAUGCUGAAGAAGAAAACCAAGAAAAGAAUGGCGAUGCUGACGUGGAUGAACAAAAGAAAGAUGCCAACAGUACACCUGUCACCACUGAUUUUGGCAAUGAAAUCCAACCAAACGCAGACUCUGCCACUCAGGCAAACGGAGGGUCAAACGGGGCAUCCAUGGGAGAUGUUGCACCAGAAGCCACAUGGUUAAACAGCAAUGAUAUGCAAAGUGACAUGGCGCCUAUACGCGGUUUACCUAACUCUUCAGAAAACGAAGUCACUGUAGCUGAUUCUUCAAAAGGCGGGAAACUAAAUGAUGAACAUAUAAGUCAACUGCCAGAGGUUGACCCUUCAUCUAGUCAAAAAAGUCAACCGAACCCGUUUCGUAACAUUGGCGAUGCACUUGAUGGGUGGAAAGAAAGGGCAAAAGUGUCAAUUGACUUGGAAGAAAAGAAGGAUGAAGCCAUGGAUGAUGAAAAUGCAGAUAUAGAUGCAGACGAAUACGGGUUUACUUCCGGGUUGGAAAAAGGAUCCGCUCAAGCGCUGGGACCCGCAACCGCAGACCAAAUUGAUAAAAACAUGGAUGGAAAAGAACCCAAUGAUGGAAAAAACACAGAUGGGGAGGUUACAGACAAGAAAGAUGAUUCUGAAAUGGAGAUCGAAGAAGAACAGCAUGUUGAUUCAGCUCGACCCAUCAAGAAUCUUUUAAGCAUUGGGAAUAUUAUAAAUGAGAAAACACAAGUUGAAGAAACCGAGAUUCCAGAUGAAACCCUAGAAGUUGAUAGCCAUGGUGAACAUGAUGACAGUAGGGAAACAGAGAGUUCGGUGGUUAUGAAAAGAUCUUAUAUGACAGAAGGCAUAAAUCAACUCAGUAAACUUUGUGUUGGAGAUGAUGAUAUGGGGAUUGCACAUGAACUCAAAGAUGUUUCUCAUGAUAUGAAAGAUUCUGCCACUGCUUUAUGGAGAAAAUAUGAACUGCAGACAACAAGAUUGUCACAGGAGUUGGCUGAACAGUUGCGUUUGGUGAUGGAACCUACUCUUGCUAGCAAGCUUCAAGGGGAUUAUAAAACCGGAAAACGAAUCAACAUGAAAAAGGUGAUUCCAUACAUUGCGAGUCAUUAUAGGAAAGAUAAAAUAUGGUUGAGGCGAACACGACCUAACAAACGAAACUAUCAAGUCAUGAUUGCUGUGGAUGAUUCCCGCAGCAUGUCAGAGAACAACUGUGGGAAUGUUGCUAUUGAAGCUUUGGUCACUGUUUGUCGUGCCAUGUCUCAAUUGGAAGUUGGGAAUUUAGCAGUUGCAAGUUUUGGGAAAAAGGGAAAUAUUCAAUUGUUACACGACUUUGAUCACCCCUUCACUGGUGAAUCUGGAGUCAAGAUGCUUUCGAGUCUGACAUUCAAGCAAGAGAACACGAUAGAGGAUGAGCCCAUGGCUGAUUUACUGAAAUACAUAAACAACACGUUGGAUUCUGCUGUAAUGAAUGCAAGAUUGCCAUCUGGACAAAAUCCAUUAGAGCAGCUUGUUUUGAUCAUAGCUGAUGGCCUUUUCCAUGAGAAGGAGAAGCUCAAGCGUUGUGUUAGAGAUCUUUUGAGCAAAAAACGAAUGGUUGCUUUUCUCAUUUUGGAUAACAACCCAGCCGAAUCAAUAACACAAGUUCUGGAAGCGACAUUUGAAGAUGGGAAGCUGGAGACAGGUAAAUACAUGGAUUCUUUCCCGUUCCCAUAUUUUGUCAUCUUGAAGGAUAUCGAAACUCUUCCAAGAACUCUUGCUGAUUUAUUAAGACAAUGGUUUGAGCUUAUGCAACAUUCGGGAGCUUAAAUAUUUUGCUUGGAGGGCCCUUGCACUUGAAGUUUCUUUAUAGCUUUGUGAAACUUAGAGAAAGAAAUGUAGGUAUGGUUUUGAAAAUGGUGUGGGAAGAAAAACAUGCAGAGUUUGUCUUUUAGAAAGACAAUUUGUUGUGUUUUAAAGCUUUUCCUCAUCUGAAAUUUUGUAUUCGUUAUUAUAUAUAUGAAAAGACUACAAGAGC